UCCAGCUGAUGUAGCGUUUGUUGAAGUGAGCUGGUUGUGGUGCAGACAGGCGGCGCUGAGUGUCGGAGGACACACGGUCGUCUGGACUGGUUUAUAUAUAUAUAUAUAUUUAUUUUAAACCCAUAAAAUUUGUGUCAGAUUGCGCUUCCGCCAUGUUAAACGGAUCCAAGUUGUGAGCAAGUGCUGGGACUGAAGUGACCCAGAACCCGGACCAGAUCGAGUUUUAGGGGGUUGUUACCGCGCCGGUGACGCAGGAAAAACACCCAGAAGCUUAGCGAAAAAACGAUCAUUCUGGUAGCGGGUUUGUGAUAUAGGCCACAUUUAUGUAAUACAGGACGACAUCAUCGCUGAAGGCUGGACUGGAUAGAGGAGGAAGUCUUAUCAAAUUAUUGGUUAUGCAAUGGUCUCAGCGGUACAUCCAGAUCUUCAGGUGCUUGUGUCCCUCUCUCGUGUGCUUGGGCUGUAUUCCCUCUGCUCUACAGCUGAGGUGGCUGUGAUUUCCCUCCUGGCCAGCGCUCCCUAAGAGGCCAAGAUUGCCAAGAUCUGCCCUGUGGCGAGCAUGACGGCCACCACGCGUGGCUCUCCAGUGGGGGGCAAUGACAGUCAGGGCCAGGGCCAGGCGCCUGACCCUCAAAGCCAGCCCCCACUGCCACAGAAUCAGACAUCCUCUCCGAAUUCCUCGAAUGAGAACUCUCCAGUGAGCCCGCCAGAUGAUCAAGUUCACGGGGAUGGGACUUCUCAGCUGGAAGAGGAGGAGCCUGCCUUCCCUCACACUGACCUGGCCAAGCUGGAUGACAUGAUCAACAGGCCCCGUUGGGUUGUUCCAGUUUUGCCUAAAGGAGAGCUUGAAGUUCUCCUGGAAGCUGCUAUAGAUCUAAGUAAAAAAGGACUGGAUGUUAAGUGUGAGGCCUGCCAGCGAUUUUUCCGAGAUGGUCUCACCAUCUCCUUCACCAAGAUUCUGACAGACGAGGCUGUUAGUGGCUGGAAGUUUGAGAUUCAUAGGUGUAUCAUCAAUAACACACACAGGCUGGUGGAACUGUGUGUAGCCAAGCUCUCUCAGGACUGGUUUCCUCUACUGGAGCUGUUGGCAAUGGCCACCAACCCGCACUGCAAGUUCCACAUUUACAAUGGCACACGUCCUUCUGAGACGGUCCCUGCUGGAGCCCAGCUAGCUGAUGACGAACUCUUUGCCCGGCCACCAGACCCUCGAUCGCCUAAAGGCUGGUUGGUGGACUUGAUAAACAAAUUUGGCACGUUAAAUGGGUUUCAAAUGCUGCACGAUCGCUUCAUGAGCGGCCAAGCACUUAACGUCCAGAUCAUUGCUGCACUUAUCAAGCCUUUUGGCCAGUGUUAUGAGUUCCUCACAUUGCACACAGUAAAGAAGUACUUCCUUCCAGUUAUUGAGAUGGUUCCACAGUUUCUAGAGAAUCUUACAGAUGAGGAGCUAAAGAAAGAGGCCAAGAAUGAAGCCAAAAAUGAUGCACUGUCCAUGAUAAUCAAGUCCCUGAAGAAUCUGGCUUCUCGUGUGCCAGGGCAGGAGGAGACAGUGAAGAAUUUAGAGAUUUUUAGGUUAAAAAUGAUUCUUAGGUUAUUGCAAAUUUCUUCUUUUAAUGGUAAAAUGAAUGCACUAAAUGAAGUUAACAAAGUGAUCUCCAGUGUGUCCUACUACACGCACCGACACAACCCUGACGAGGAGGAGUGGCUCACUGCGGAGCGCAUGGCGGAGUGGAUUCAGCAGAACCACAUCCUGUCUAUAGUGUUGAGGGACAGUUUGCACCAGCCGCAGUAUGUCGAGAAGCUGGAGAAAAUCCUUCGCUUUGUUAUCAAGGAGAAAGCUCUUACCAUGCAAGACCUGGACAAUAUUUGGGCUGCACAGGCCGGUAAACACGAAGCUAUUGUGAAGAACGUCCAUGACCUCCUGGCAAAGCUGGCGUGGGACUUCUCACCAGAGCAGCUUGAUCACCUGUUUGACUGUUUUAAAGCGAGCUGGACCAAUGCCAGCAAGAAGCAGCGUGAAAAGUUGCUGGAACUCAUCCGGCGCUUGGCUGAGGAUGACAAGGAUGGGGUGAUGGCCCACAAGGUCCUCAACCUCCUGUGGAACUUGGCACACAGCGAUGACGUGCCUGUGGACAUCAUGGACCAAGCUCUUAGUGCCCACAUCAAAAUACUGGAUUAUAGCUGCUCUCAGGACAGAGACACGCAGAAAAUCCAGUGGAUAGAUCGCUUCAUAGAAGAGCUACGAACCAAUGACAAAUGGGUCAUUCCUGCCCUGAAGCAGAUCAGAGAAAUCUGCAGCCUUUUUGGUGAAGCACCUCAGAACCUUAGUCAAACCCAGAGAAGUCCUCAUGUGUUCUACCGCCAUGACCUGAUCAAUCAGCUGCAACAUAACCAUGCUCUGGUCACGUUGGUGGCUGAGAACCUCUCUGCGUACAUGGAGACCAUGAGGCAGUUCUCCAAAGAAGAGCACACAGAGUUUGACCCCCAGACAGUUAGGCCAGGGAGCCGCUACAGCCAUGUCCAGGAAGUGCAGGAGCGACUUAACUUUCUGAGGUUCCUGCUGAAGGAUGGCCAGCUGUGGCUGUGUGCCCCUCAGGCCAAGCAGAUCUGGAAAUGUCUGGCUGAGAAUGCGGUAUUUCUCUGUGACCGUGAGGCCUGCUUCAAAUGGUACUCCAAACUGAUGGGUGAUGAGCCAGACCUCGACCCAGACAUCAAUAAGGACUUCUUUGAGAACAAUGUUCUGCAGCUGGACCCGUCACUGCUGACAGAGAAUGGUAUGAAGUGCUUUGAGAGAUUCUUCAAGGCUGUCAACUGCAGGGAGGGCAAGUUGGUAGCCAAGCGCCGUGCGUACAUGAUGGAUGACCUGGAGCUUAUAGGACUAGACUACCUCUGGAGGGUGGUAAUUCAAGGAAGUGAUGACAUUGCCAGUCGAGCUAUAGACCUGCUGAAAGAGAUCUACACCAACCUCGGACCAAAACUACAAGUCAAUCAGGUAGAAAUCCAUGAAGACUUUAUCCAGUCCUGUUUUGACCGUCUGAAGGCCUCCUAUGACACGCUGUGCGUGUUGGACGGAGACAAAGACAGCAUCAACUGCGCCCGUCAGGAGGCCAUCCGCAUGGUGCGAGUUCUUACUGUGCUCAAAGAGUACAUCAAUGAGUGUGACAGCGACUACCACGAGGAGAGGACUAUACUACCUAUGUCGAGAGCUUUCCGGGGGAAGCAUAUCACUCUGAUCGUGCGCUUUCCCAACCAGGGCCGUCAGGUAGACGACCUGGAUAUCUGGUCACACACCAAUGACACAAUUGGCUCCGUUCGACGUGGGAUCCUUAACCGCAUCAAAGCUAAUGCUGCACACACAAAGAUAGAGCUCUUUAUCGGUGGCGAAGUCGUCGAUCCAGCAGAUGACCGGAAACUGAUUGGACAGCUCAACUUGAAGGACAAAACGUUGAUCACAGCCAAGCUUACUCAAGUGAGUGCCAACAUGCCCUCGAGCCCCGACAGCUCCUCUGAUUCAUCCACUGGCUCACCUGGUAACCAUGGCAACCACUACAGUGACGGGCCCAAUCCUGAAGUGGAGAGCUGUCUUCCCGGUGUGAUCAUGUCGCUGCACCUGCGGUACAUCUCCUUCCUGUGGCAGGUGGCCGAUCUGGGCUGCAACCUCAACAUGCCUCUGCUACGAGACGGAGCACGUGUUCUCAUGAAACUCAUGCCUCCUGAUAACACCACGGUGGAGAAUCUGCGAGCCGUGUGUCUAGAUCAUGCUAAACUUGGGGAGACCAGCCUCAGCCCUUCGCUGGACUCGCGCUUCUUUGGCCCCUCACCCUCACAAGUGCUUUACCUCAUUGAGGUAGUUUAUGCCUUGCUGAUGCCAGCCAGUGCUACUCUAGGUGAGGAUGCUAGUGACUUCCAGUACAAUUUCCUGAAGAGUGGCGGUCUGCCCUUGGUGCUGAGCAUGCUCACCAGAAAUAACUUCCUGCCGUCAGCGGACAUGGAAACACGGCGAGGUGCUUACCUCAAUGCAUUAAAGAUCGCCAAGCUCCUCCUCACAGCGGUCGGCUUUGGACACGUGAAGGCCGUGGCUGAGGCCUGCCAGCCGAACUCCGAAGGGAAUAUUCCUGUCUCACCGAUUAACCAGGCUACCCAUGACCAGGCCCUCGUCCUCCAGAGUGCCCUGCAAAACAUCCCUAACCCCGCCUCUGAGUGCAUGCUGCGCAAUGUAGCAAUCCGCCUCGCCCAGCAGAUUUCUGAUGAGAUGUCCACCAGUUAUUCUGAUGACAAAGAAUCCAAUCAAUCAUCUGACAUGAUUGGAUCUAUAAACUCCUUGGCAGGGCUAACCAAGAACUUUUUCCAGGCAUCCAAGUACAUCCCAGAUAUUUCUGUGAUCCGGGCGAUACAGAAAAUAGUGUGGGCGUCAGGCUGUGGGACCGUGCAGCUGGUCUUCAGUUCCAAUGAAGAAGUCAGCAAGAUCUAUGAGAAGACAAAUGCAGCAAAGGAGCCAGACGGGGAGGAUGAGCAGGUGUGCUGUGAGGCCCUGGAGGUGAUGACGCUGUGUUUUGCGUUGAUGCCCACUGCUCUGGACACGCUCAGUAAAGAGAAGGCUUGGCAGACCUUCAUCAUAGACCUGCUGUUACACUGUCACAGCAAGUCUGUGCGUCAGAUGGCCCAGGAGCAGUUCUUUCUGAUGGCGACCAGGUGCUGUAUGGGUCAUCGACCCCUCCUCUUCUUCAUCACCCUCCUCUUCACGGUGCUCGGGAGUACAGCAAAGGAGCGAGCCAAACAUGCAGGGGAUUACUUCACUUUGCUCAGACAUCUGCUCAACUAUGCCUAUAACAGCAACAUCAACCUUCCAAAUGCUGAGGUGCUGCUCAACAAUGAGAUCGACUGGCUGAAACGCAUCAGGGAUGAGGUUAAGAGGAUUGGGGAGACUGGUGUGGAGGAGACCAUUCUGGAGGGCCACCUUGGUGUCACUAAGGAGCUUCUAGCUUUCCAGACCCCAGAAAAGAAAUAUUACAUCGGCUGUGAGAAGGGCGGAGCUAACCUCAUCAAGGAGCUGAUCGACGACUUCAUCUUCCCUGCAUCGAAUGUUUACCUUCAGUACAUGAAGAGCGGUGAUUUCCCCACAGAGCAGGCCAUCCCAGUGUGCAGCACUCCCGCUUCCAUCAAUGCCGGCUUUGAGCUACUCGUGGCUCUGGCUGUCGGUUGCGUCCGUAACCUUAAGCAGAUCGUUGACACUUUGACAGACAUGUAUUAUUUAGGUUGUGAGACACUGACAGAGUGGGAGUAUUUGCCUCCAGUGGGACCACGGCCCAAUAAAGGUUUUGUAGGUCUGAAAAAUGCCGGUGCCACCUGUUACAUGAACUCUGUUAUUCAACAGCUGUACAUGAUUCCCCCCAUACGCAAUGGCAUCCUGGCCAUUGAGGGCACCGGCACCGACGUGGACGAUGACAUGUCAGGCGACGAGAAGCAGGAGAAUGAGAGUAACGUGGAUCCUCGUGAUGAGGUGUUCAGCUACCAUCAUCAGUUUGAUGAUAAGCCUUCCAGUAAGUCAGAGGAUAGGAAAGAGUACAACAUCGGGGUCCUGCGUCACCUACAAGUCAUCUUUGGUCAUCUGGCUGCAUCCCGACUGCAGUACUAUGUCCCGAGAGGAUUCUGGAAACAGUUCAGGUUAUGGGGUGAACCAGUUAACUUGAGAGAGCAGCAUGAUGCUUUAGAGUUCUUCAACUCUUUGGUAGACAGUCUUGAUGAAGCUCUCAAAGCUCUGGGCCACCCUGCUAUGCUCAGCAAGGUGCUGGGAGGGUCCUUUGCAGACCAGAAGAUUUGUCAGGGUUGCCCCCACAGGUAUGAAUGUGAGGAGUCAUUCACAACACUCAAUGUAGAUAUUAGAAACCACCAGAACCUGUUAGACUCCAUGGAGCAGUAUGUUAAAGGAGAUCUACUGGAGGGAGCCAACGCCUACCACUGUGAGAAAUGUAAUAAAAAGGUUGAUACAGUGAAGCGCCUGCUGAUUAAGAAGCUGCCACCUGUCCUCGCCAUCCAGUUGAAGCGCUUUGACUAUGACUGGGAGAGGGAGUGUGCCAUCAAGUUCAAUGACUACUUUGAGUUUCCCAGGGAGUUGGACAUGGAGCCGUAUACAGUAGCCGGUGUAGCCAAGCUAGAAGGGGAUGAUGUGAACCCGGAGAACCAGGUCAUCCAACAGAAUGAGCCUUCUGAGCCCACGCUUCCAGGUAGCUCUAAAUACCGUCUGGUCGGGGUGCUGGUCCACUCGGGUCAGGCAAGUGGAGGACACUACUACUCCUACAUAAUCCAGAGGAACGGGGGUGACGGCGAGAAGAACCGUUGGUAUAAGUUUGAUGACGGUGAUGUGACUGAGUGUAAAAUGGACGAUGAGGAGGAGAUGAAGAACCAGUGCUUCGGUGGGGAGUACAUGGGUGAGGUGUUUGACCAUAUGAUGAAAAGGAUGUCAUACCGGCGGCAGAAGCGCUGGUGGAACGCCUACAUCCUCUUUUAUGAGCGCAUGGACUCUUUGAACAAGGACAGCGAGCUCGUCAAAUACAUCUCGGAGCUGACUAUCUCGUCCACCAAGCCGCACCAGGUCAAGAUGCCCGGUGUGAUAGAGUGCAGCGUUCGCAAGCAGAACGUCCAGUUCAUGCACAACCGAAUGCAAUACAGCCUGGAAUAUUUCCAAUUCAUUAAGAAACUCCUGACCUGUAACAGUGUCUAUUUAAACCCUCCUCCAGGACAAGACCAUCUUCUGCCUGAGGCAGAGGAGAUAGCUAUGAUAAGUGCCCAGCUGGCUGCUAGGUUCCUCUUCAGCACAGGUUUUCACACCAAGAAAGUUGUCCGAGGGCCCGCCAGUGACUGGUACGAUGCCCUCUGCAUCCUGUUGAGACACAGUAAGAAUGUACGUUAUUGGUUUGCACACAAUGUUCUCUUUGCGUACCCUAAUCGCUUCUCCGAGUACCUGCUGGAGUGCCCGAGCGCCGAGGUCCGUGGGGCAUUCGCCAAGCUAAUAGUCUUCAUUGCUCACUUCUCCCUGCAAGAUGGCCCCUGCCCUGCCCCCUCCGCCUCACCUGGACCCUCGACUCAGGGCUGUGAUAACCUCAGUCUAAGUGACCACCUGUUGCGAGCCGUACUCAAUCUUCUGAGAAGAGAGGUUUCUGAACACGGCCGUCACUUGCAGCAGUACUUCAACCUCUUUGUCAUGUACGCCAACCUGGGCCUGGCAGAAAAGACUCAGCUGCUGAAGUUAAGUGUUCCUGCCACUUUCAUGCUGGUAGCUUUGGACGAGGGUCCCGGUCCACCCAUCAAGUACCAGUACGCUGAGCUGGGCAAGCUGUACACUGUGGUUUCCCAGCUGGUUCGAUGCUGUGACGUGUCCUCGCGCAUGCAGUCCUCCAUCAAUGGUAACCCUCCCCUCCCCAACCCGUAUGGCGAUGCCAACCUGACAGCCCCGGUCAUGCCUGUGCAGCAGCUGGUGGCAGAGAUCCUGUUUGUGAGGACCAGCUAUGUGAAGAAGAUCAUUGAAGACUGCAGUAACUCUGACGAGACGGUGAAGCUGCUGCGUUUCAGCUGCUGGGAGAAUCCGCAGUUCUCCUCCACCGUGCUCAGUGAGCUGCUGUGGCAGGUGGCGUACUCCUACACAUAUGAGCUGAGGCCUUACUUGGACCUGCUGCUACAGAUUCUGCUCAUUGAGGACUCGUGGCAGACGCACAGGAUCCACAAUGUACUGAAGGGCAUUCCCGAUGACCGAGACGGGCUUUUUGACACCAUCCAGCGCUCCAAGAACCACUAUCAGAAACGGGCCUACCAGUGCAUUAAGUGCAUGGUGGCCCUGUUCAGCAACUGCUCGGUGGCCUACCAGAUCCUCCAGAGCAAUGGUGAUCUGAAAAGGAAGUGGACGUGGGCAGUGGAGUGGCUCGGGGAUGAGCUGGAGAGGAGGCCGUACACGGGGAAUCCACAGUACACCUACAACAACUGGUCCCCUCCCGUUCAGAGCAACGAGACCUCCAAUGGCUACUUCCUGGAGCGCUCGCACAGCGCACGUAUGACGCUGGCCAAAGCCUGUGAGCUCUGUCCCGAGGAGGAACCAGAUGAGCAGGAGGCACCAGACGAUCAGGACUCAUCCCCGCCUGAGGACACGUCUCUAUACCCGCAUUCUCCUGGCUCCGCCCAGUUCCAGCAGAACAACCACCCUCACGGGCAACCGUACACGGGACCAGCUGCUCAGCACAUGAACAACCCUCCACGUCCUGGUCCUGCCUUGGCCCCAACCCCAGGCCCCACGCAGGCCCCCGCCCCAGGACCUGGUCCAGCUUCCGGCCCGGGCCCACGAGCACAAGAGAACUGGGAGAGCACUGAGGAGGUUGCCCCGGCCCCCGCCUCCACCUCAGCGCCCGCCCCUCCCAAGGAGUAAGCCCCGCCCUCCCCGUCUGCUGUGCCUCGAGCCUCCAUCGUCCCGCUCUUCCUCCUCUCACCCUUUGGUCAACGGAGCUCCUGGUCAGACCUCUCGCUCUCUCUGUGGCCCCAGGGCAGGCCAGAGCCACACCUCCAGGCCACUUGUAAGAGUCCCUCCUGUCAGCCUGUGGGAGGCGCUCUUCCCUGGCCUGGGGCUGCCUGACUUUGUGACCGGGGCCUGUCGGCGGCUGCAGAGGCGAGGGACCGAGCUGCGCUAAAGAAACCCGGAGCUGACGAUGCCGACGUGCUUGUCUACGCGACGAAAAGAUGUACAUAGUAUGUUAAUGUUUCCGACUGUUCGAUCCCUUGGUAGCAUAACUCGCCGGUUUGCUGUUGGGAGAUGUUGCAGUUAUUCUGAAAAACAAAAAUGGAUAUUAUAAAUAAGUUUAAACCCCUCUCCCCCAAACAAAAAAUAAACUGUAAGAAGACAAAAACUUUGUUUUAUCACCCACACUCAGCGGGUGAAGUUGGUUCUGCUAUCGGACAGUUUCUGAUCCUUAUUAUUGUUCCUCUUCAGCUCCUUGGCGACCUUUUGACCUGCGCCAAAUCAAUGAGCGAUUGGUUGGUUUUAGCGUGAUCUACAGAACGGUUGGGUGAACUUUUACGAUGUUUGGUGGGGGGGAAAAGCAGUGAUGCAACAUUUGUUCUCAAACUCUCAUUGCCUUUCUUUUUUUCUUCUUCUGUGUGUUCUUUCUGUUAAUUCGACCAUUUUGAAGCUCUAGUUAAUAUGCUGUAACAUUUAGCAUGGCUUCUCACCAGAAUAGUGUAGCCAAAAGGGAAGACUUGUGAUCAGAGCAAACCUGAAGCUGUUCUUACUCCACGUCUCCAGAGGGGGGAGCUACCCUCAGGUGUUUUUUGUUUUGUUUUUUUGUUUUUUCUAUCCUGCCCACAGCGAGGCCGAUAUUUUCAGAUGUAUUAAUAAGUCGCUUUUAAUUGCACAUUAUAAUCCUCCGACUUCACAUUCAGCAGUCAGUUUUGGUGGGUUGAAAUGAUUUAACGUUGUUCUAUAGGAACUCGGACAAGCAAAACGCAUAUGCAACAGGAAGCGGCUUCGCCAGGCGAUCCGGCGGAUUAGACUGUGUGGUUUGCUUUGUGUCUCUUCAGUAGAGCCUAGUCGUAGACUGAUUCUUUCUGCCGUGGAGCCGCAGGCGUCGGGCAUUCUGCUGGGGCCGCCGUGAAACCCGAUCCCGGGCGACAAUGAGACACGCCCCUCCCCUGUCUCUAUGGAGAUUCACAGCGGGUUUGUUCUGUAAGAAUAGCGGCUGGUUAGUCACAUUGCAAGUAGAGCUAACUUGUAAUUCUGUGGGGGUUAAAGGUAAACAUCAGUAAAUACUGUAUUUAAUUGGUAACUUGAAUAAGUGUUUUUUUUUUUUUUUUUUUUUUUGUUUAAAACAUACCAAAUACUCCUGCAAAUGAAAAUAUUCUGCCCACCGUAUUUAAAUAUUUUGCUCUUAUUUUAUAGAAUUUAUUUUGUUGUAUUUCACUAAAAAUAGAAUUUGAUUUAAGAGGAACAUUUUUGUCCUUGUUAUUUUUAAAGAAGAUGACUGUACAGAGUUCUGCGCCCUGUUUUUUGCCGACUUUUGUUUUGGCCAUGGUGUGACGUUGAAUUCUGGAGCUACAGUCGCGAUGUGGACUUUCACUUUGUGAGGUUUUUUGUGCACAGAAAUAUAACAAAAGAAAAAAAAAGCAUUGCGCCCUUAGCAAAUAAAGAACAUGGAAUCUU